AUGCGUGUUUCAAUCCCGCCGGAGCUUGUCUCGAGCCUUGGUGCCUGCGAUAUCAGCGUAACGGUGCGCGGCGAAGGGAUCGAUAAGUAUCCAGGGAGUCCCGGCGCAGCCAAACAACAUGCGCGCAAAGUCGCAAUGAAGCUGGGUGUGUCCAGCGGCCUUAUCUAUCUGAUUGGGAAACCAACCAUCAAUUGGGGCGAUUCCGACCAACCACAACCCUUUCGACAGCGACGGUACUUCUACUAUCUUAGUGGAGCCGAUGAGCCGGACUGCUUUCUUACCUACGACAUCAACAAUGACUUACUGGUUCUCUAUGUUCCGGACUUUGACCUGCACCGCGCAAUAUGGAUGGGGCCCACGUUGACCACAGACGAGGCUGAACGGCGGUUUGACGUAGACAAAGUGCGCUACUAUGCUUCCCUACAGAGCGAUAUUCAGUCGUGGGUAGAGAAAUACAAUCAUGCCGCUCCAGUCUACAUCCUUCAUAGCUCUCAGCAGCCCCAAUUCAUUUUCCGGCAGCUGAACCUAGAUGAUCAGCGCUUGCUGCCCGCAAUGGAUGCGGCGCGGGUGGUUAAAGAUGAUUAUGAGCUUCGUAUGAUCCGCCACGCCAACAAGAUAUCCGGGUUGGCCCAUCGCAAAGUGCUCGAGAAAAUCCACAAGAUGUCCAAUGAAGCCCAGAUCGAAGGCCUCUUCCUCGACACCUGCGUGUCGCACGGAGCGAAGAACCAAGCAUACGAAAUCAUUGCUGGUUCGGGACCCAACGCAGCCACCCUCCACUAUGUGAAGAACAACGAGCCCCUCAAAGGACGACAGCUGGUCUGUCUGGACGCAGGUGCAGAGUGGGAGUGCUACGCAAGUGACGUGACCCGCACCUUUCCUUUGGCCGCCGAUUGGCCCAGUUCAUAUGCCCGCGACGUCUACCAAAUCGUAGAAGAGAUGCAGGAGGAGUGUAUCAAGCGCAUUAAGCCAGGUGUGCGGUUCCGCGACUUGCAGGUGCUUGCCCACGACAUAGCCAUUAAGGGCUUGCAGAAGCUAGGUGUCCUCAAACCGGGCACCGUGGAGGAGAUUCGCGUGUCGGGGGCGUCGGCCAUUUUCUUUCCUCACGGAUUGGGCCAUCACGUUGGACUGGAAGUCCACGACGUGUCCGAGAAGCCAAUCACGGGCAUGGGGCUGCCUAACAGACCUUGCAGACCUGACUUCAUCCCAGCCAUGAGCCAGUCAGUACCCUUGCUCGAGGAGGGCAUGGUGGUCACCAUCGAGCCAGGUGUUUACUUCUCCAAGCUGGCUCUGGCAAAUACCCGGAAACUGCCUCAGGCGCAGUACAUCAACUUCGAGGAGGCCGAGAAAUACAUUCCCAUUGGUGGCGUGCGGAUAGAAGACGACAUCCUGGUCACUCGGACAGGGUAUGAGAAUCUGACGACGGCGCCAAAGGGCGAGGAAAUGCUGGAGAUCAUCCGGCGCGGGAUCGACAAUUAG